AUGAAGGUCUGGUAACAGUGGUUUCCUGACCUUGUGGUACUGUUACUGAGUGGCUCAGGCACAAGGUGAGGACAGUGUGUUGGAAAAACAAAGUGCAUUUGUUUCCUCUUUGUGGCUGCCUGAAUAAUUCUUGGUCAUCAAGUAGACUGUAGUUUGUGUUUAUUUACACUAUACACACAUACAUUGAUGUGGAACUAUUCUACAAUUCUGGCUUACUGCCAUUCUUUUACAUCCAUGCCCCCUUUUAUUUGUAAUAAUAUGUAUUCUAUGAGGGAAAGGAGAUAAAAUGAUUAUGCUCAUUUUGUUUAAAAAAGUUUGGAGUGGCAACAAAAAAAAUAACCGAUUUUUUUUUCUGUUUGGGGAGUUAACUGUAUAAAUUGCCAGUUGUCCCUGCACCUGUUGGAAGACAGUGUCUUGUAAGCAGAGUAAAAGUUGCAGACCCCUGCUGAGGAACUCUAUAUCCGUCAUAUUUUUCUCUUGCCAAAAGUAGUGUUUAUCUCUGAAUUUUACUCCGUUUUAUUUUUCUUGUACACAGGUACUGUUUUUUAGUACUCAUUUAGGAUUAUAUAUUAUAAUUGAUGCGAUCACUUAUAUGGAAUAGUUGAUCCCCACACGACACUCCUACUCUUUAGCUUUGUUUUCCCCACAGGGACCUUACAGGUAAGAUGUCAUCAGGUAGUGUCUCUUUGAAAAUGCACAUGUUUGUUCAGUACCUAGGUUCUUCUUUGCCCACAAUUCAGUUUGGACACUAGACUCCUAUUUUGUUGCCUGUCAGGGAGAUUUCUGCAACUUUUGGCUCCAACAAAGACACUCUUGGCUACCUGCUUCUAACUGAAUAUCCAGACCAGACCGCAAGAAGUACAGGGUAGGUGUGGGGAUAGCUGUCAGCAGCUUCUGUGGGUGUGUCCCAGGGUACACGUGCUCAGUGAGGUCAUGACUGUUCCUCUGAGAGCCAUAACUGUUUGAUCAAACAAGCUGAAUGAAUACAGGACAAAGGAAUUGGUUUCCCUGUAUUUUUAUCAAGUGUUGAUGAGGUUGUAGGCACAGCUCACUCCUGUGUGAAUCUGCAGUCACUGAGUUCCCAAUGCCUUAGAGUUUUACAUAGAAAGGUGAGUGUUAAAAUAUUGAUAAGAGAAUUUGGUAAUCUUGUGUGCUACAUGUUCUAAUUUAGUUGCAUUUUUAUUAUUUUUAUUAUAAGGCCUGCUGAAAAUGACUGAGUAUAAACUUGUGGUAGUUGGAGCUGGUGGCGUAGGCAAGAGUGCCUUGACGAUACAGCUGAUUCAGAAUCACUUUGUGGACGAAUAUGAUCCCACAAUAGAGGAUUCCUACAGGAAACAAGUAGUAAUUGAUGGAGAAACCUGUCUCUUGGACAUUCUCGACACAGCAGGUCAAGAGGAGUACAGUGCAAUGAGGGACCAGUACAUGAGGACUGGGGAGGGCUUUCUUUGUGUAUUUGCCAUAAAUAAUACUAAAUCAUUUGAAGAUAUUCACCAUUAUAGAGAACAAAUUAAAAGAGUAAAAGACUCUGAAGAUGUGCCUAUGGUCCUAGUAGGGAAUAAAUGUGAUUUGCCUUCUAGAACAGUAGACACAAAACAGGCUCAUGACUUAGCAAGAAGUUAUGGGAUCCCAUUCAUCGAAACCUCAGCAAAGACAAGACAGGGUGUUGAUGAUGCCUUCUACACACUAGUCCGAGAAAUUCGAAGACAUAAAGAAAAGAUGAGCAAAGAUGGUAAAAAGAAGAAAAAGAAGUCAAAGACAAAGUGUAUAAUUAUGUAAAUACAAUUUGUACUGUUUUCUUAAGGCAUACUUAAGUAAAGGUGGUAAUUUUUGUACAUUACACUAAAUUAUUAGCAUUUGUUUUAGCAUUACCUAAUUCUUUUUUUCCCCUGUUCGUGCAAACUGUCAGCUUUUAUCUUAAAUGCUUAUUUUAAAAUGACAGUGGAAACCUCUUUAUUCCAAGUGCCAGUAGUCCCUGGGUUUUGAACUUAAACUAGCAAUGCCUGUGGAAGAGACAAAGACCUGAGACUGUCUUGGGUUCUGGUGCGUGCCCUUGAUUCCUUGCUACUUCUUUCACCAGCUGUGAGCAUUGGCGUGAACCAUGGUAAUGAAGCUUUUGAGCCAUCCUGCUCUGUGUUUCAUCUGGUCACAGAAUGAAUUAUUAGUAAUUACAGCUUCAUCUGAGACCAUAUGAUUGGUUCUGCUAAGACUGAGGGAUCACAGAUUUAUGGGCUUCCCUUUGAUUCACUUCUAGCAUGUCCGGAGUCUAUCAUGCUUCGUAAGUGUAGUUAGUUAGACUGUUCACAAAGGCUUUCUCUUGCUUUCUACUGCUAUUAGUCAUGGUCAUGCCCCAAAAUAGUAUAUUUUUUCUAGAAAAGGGGGAAAAUGGAGAAAAAAAAGGCAAUGGAAAAUAGUGAAUAAAAGUCCAUUCCAUAUUAGCUAAAUUACUGUAAGAUUCCUAAUAGCUUUUCCUGGUAAGGCAGACCCAGUAAGAAAUAGUAACCAUUUGGGCUAUAUUUACAAGCUAUUAAAUUUUUGUAAUAAUUCCAACAAUUUUAACAUUAUAUAAGUUCUCAUAAGAAUUAGUAUAAUCCCAAUGUCAGAGUGCUCUUCCUUAGCCUAACUUUUAAAGUGUUUUGAACUUAUGUCUUGAUAGUAGUUUUAAUUCUGGUAGAGAAACUGAAGAUGAUUUGAGACAGUUGCAGCUUAACAGGUGUUGAGAUCAAAGUUGCAAGACUGGGCCUUAUGUGACCUGUGAUGAGCAACAGUCAGUGUUGGUCAGGAUGAGGACAAGGAGAGUUUGGACAGCUCAGUGCAUUCUCAUGUAGCAGUUCUGCUGACAAAUCUGGAAUAUUUCUUUUGUUUAUAACAAAAAAAAAAUUAAAUAAAUUUCUGUUAGUUUCAAGGUUGAGAUGUUGGGGUAAGAGGCUACAAGGAGAGUAAAUCUUUUAGGACAGUGUAGUGUGAAGGUUUGAGAAUGUGUGUGUGAGAGUCUCUCACCUCUGAGCAAACAUUCCUAAUACUUCCCCAGCUGAUGUGCACUUAGAAAUCUCUGUGCUCUAAGGAUAGACAACAGCAAAAACAAUCCCUUCAAUGCACUUAAAGCAUUCCUUCAAAUUUCUGAAGUGACAUUAAAAUCCACUGGACUAUGAGGACUGGAUGUCUGUCUUUUAGAAGUCUGAUUUUAGGCAUAUCACUGUCUUAUUCAGUGUUCAGUCAUCUCAAAAGCUCCUCACAGCUGUGUAACUUAUAGUCCGUUUACACACUGAUACACCGAGUUGUCACGCUCAGCACAAUCUUUUUUACAUGGAUUAUCAUCUUUACUGCCAGUCCUGGGCAAAAUUGUGCAAUAGGUAAAGUUCAUAGUUCAGUAUCCAUUCUCCAAUUUCCAGAUGCCCCAGACUUAGUGUAGUUUCCUUUUAAUACUUUAUUUUCCCCCACUUCAAAUUUUAUUUUUGCAAUGAACAACUACAUGAAAGUUGCCCACUAAGGAAGGUUCAUCAAAACUGCCUAUGACUUUCUUCCCCAUGGUUUAAAAUAAUCCAACAGAAACCAGACUGGGAUUUGAACUGAUAGCUGGUUUUCAGGAGGCCACUACAGAAAUUUAAUGCUGAUCCUUUUUGACUUUAUGCCUGCAGCCCCGUCCAGUAGUGGCUAAGUAGAAUUUUAGUGUGGACAAAGAGCACUGUCUGUGGAAGAAGAGCUUAAUCUCCAUCUGGGGAUCAUCCUGGUUGAUAAGAGUCCACUGUUUUAAUGAAUGCAGCCCUACAGUGAAAACACUUUAAAGUUUCAAUCAGAAAGCUCAUUUUUAAAGUCAGAAUAUAUUUCCUUAGCAUUUAUUCAGUACUUGUCUUAAUGCUAGGCACCACACAGGCCCUGGGGAUGUGAUGUGUCCCCAAAGGAGGGACACAGUCCUUGGCCCGAGGUUUGUAUUGUGUUUGUAAUACUCUAGUAAGAUGUGUGGCUGAGGGCCUAGAAAUAAUAGAACGCAUGGUUUCAGUUUUGCAGAGAGGUGUUUGCAGUUUCCUCUCGAUUCAGCAAGAAUUGCUGGUUGUGAUUCCAGUGCAACUUUAUUUCUUCUAAAAGAACAGAAAUUCCCUAAGUACAUAAUUUUUUUAAAAAAACUUAUGAAAAUUAAAUAUUGACUUCUAAAAUAGUUUUAUUUGGGUACAAAUAAGCAGGCACCUGAAUUUAUUUGCAAGAAAAGAAAAUUAGUAGGAUUCUGAAAUGUUCUAAACUCUACAUGUUCAUAGAACAUUCUUUCUGUGGAUAUUUUAAGUUUUUUUAAAUAUGUAUGUGGGUUGGUUUUUUGUUUUGUUUUAUUUUUUGCUUUAUUUUUUGCUGGGGGAGGAGGGUCCAAGAUCUGGUUUCUCUGUGUAGCCCUGGCUGGCCUGGAACUCACUCUACAGACCAGGCUGGCCUCAAACUCACAGAGAUCUGCCUGUUUGUGCCUCCCAAGUGCUGGGAUUAAAGGCCUGAGCCAACGCUGCCCGGAUAUUAAGUUUAAACACAAUUAGUGAUGCUUCUUGUAUCUAUACAGAGAAGCAGGUGUACUUCCGGAGCUGUGGUGCAUAAUCAGAUAUUUACUGGAGACUCUGGGCAGUGUGUUAAGUAGUGGUAAUUACCAUUGUGUAAAUUUUGAAUAUUUAGUCUUUUGUUAACAAGAAGGUUUUGUAGAGAUUUUUCAAAGGGAAAAAGUUCGAGGAAGAAACAUAAGUGCUCUCUAGUUACUAUAGCCUGUUGAAAUUGAAAACCAGUGCUAAAUCACAGUCAUAGGAAUUAGCAUGUUUGUGGGGAUAUAGCAGACAAAUACAAUUUGAGUAAAUAUUUUCAGUCAGGAGUUGUAGGCUCUACUGACUUGAGUCACACUGCAUAGGGAUUUAGAUCCUAAUUUUUAUAGAUUAUUAAGACUUUUCACUGUUGCACAAUUUUGUUUAACAUACAUAAAAGUUACGUGAGGCAUGUUAGAAGUUACAGUUGCAGAUUCAUCUCAUUUUGUAUUCCACUGAUUCUUCCAUUUUCCCCCCAAAACAAUAAUAUAUAUUUAGGAGGGAUUUUUGUAGGCAAUAAAAAUUUAAACUCCAUUUGUUAAAAGUAGUAAUUUCUUGAUAAUCGUGUAGCCAUUUUUUUAGGCCCCAAAAGUUACCUUAAAGGUGAAUUUUUCUUAAUGACUUCUGUGUAAUACUGGGUAGCAUGAACUCUGCGCUGAAAAAUUGAACAGAUACACCCAGUAGGUGUAAAAUUAUGUCACAACAUGAAAAUUAUUUCUAAAGAAGUAUAUUAGUUUUCAAAGAAUAGUUAUUAAUUAGAUUCAGAUUUGUGGUGUGCCUGUUUGGGAUGGCGGUAGGCAUUUUAGAUGAAUUUGGGAAAAUUCAGUUCUCUGCAGAAAUGCCAGUUUCAGACCCACCCACCCCUGCCAGCUAACUGGGCUGUGUCCUGAUUUAUCUCCAGGUCCCCAAUUCCACUGUCUCGUUCUUCAUGUUGAAAACACUUCUUCAUUUUUAUUUGAGUGCCAAUUUCUUACUAGUGCUAUUUCUUAAUGUAACAUGUUUACCUGGAAUGUAUUUUAACUAUUUUUGUAUAGUGUAAACUGAAACAUGCACAUUUUGUACAUUGUGCUUUUUUUUCUUUUUUUUUUCUUUUUUUGGUGUGUGUGGGACAUAUGCAGUGUGAUCCAGUUGUUUUCCAUCCUUUGGUUGUGCUGAUCUAGGGAAUGUUGGUCAUAUCAAACAUUAAAUUUAAAAAUGACCACUCUUUUAAUUAAAAUUAACUUUUAAAUGUUUUUAGGAGUAUGUGCUGUGAAGUGAUCUGAAAUUUGUAAUAUUUUUGUCAUGAACUGUACUGCUCCUAAUCAUUGUAAUGUAAUAAAAAUAGUUAUGGUGACUAUAAAGUGUGUAAUCACGUAUUUCUUAUUGUGGCUGAGGUUCAAGUCCAGAGUCUCAACGUUUGUUAGGCAAGCAUCCACACCGAGCUACACCUCAGCCUUGACUGUGGGUGUUUCUUGAUGGGAAUUUGGAACAUCUGCCAAGUAGCUGAUAUGAACUCCAUUAAGCAGACACUUUUUGCCACUUUAAUUUGGAAAGUUCUUUAUUUAUAAAGUUGCUAAGAUUAUUAUUUAAACGUUAAAGUGUUUGCUUAAAUAUGCGUCCUGUUCAGGUAGGCUCACUCCACACUAGCAAAAGUAUAUUUGCUUUGAUGGUGGAAACAGGAACCUUACCACUCAUGAAAGCUAGUCCAGGCUGGACGGGAUUUGGGGUUAAGGGAGCUAAUGGCUACAUAAUGCCAGUCA